GGAAAGGAGCGUCGGGGCCGCCGGACCGGCCAGGCGAGCUCCUCAGACCCCGCCGGAACUCAAAGCGCGAGGCCGCGGCCGCCGGAGGACGCGUGUUCUCGCAGCGCCGCCUGCGCGUGACCCUCCGACCGCUUCCGGCUCGGGAGGAGGAUGUGGCCGGCGUGCGGGGCGCUCCGGGCCAGGCCUCUGGCCUUGGCGCGGUCUACCGGGACGAGGGCCUGUGGUGGGGGCGCGGGCGUCUCCUACACGCAGGGCCAGCGCCCCGAGCCCCGGACGCGCGAGUACUUUUACUACCUGGAUCAUCAGGGCCAGCUUUUCCUGGACGACUCCAAAAUGAAGAACUUCAUCACCUGCUUCAAAGACCGGCAGUUCCUGGUCACCUUCUUCUCCCGCUUGAGACCCAACCGUAGCGGACGCUACGAGGCCUCCUUCCCCUUCCUCUCGCCCUGCGGAAGGGAGCGCAACUUCCUGCGCUGCGAGGACCGGCCCGUGGUCUUCACGCACCUGCUGGCCGCGCGCCCCGGGCCCCCGCUCCUCUCCUACUGCGGCGGCGGGGAGGCCUUGACGGUGCCCUUCGAGCCCGCGCGCCUGCUGCCCCUGGCCGCCAACGGGCGCCUCUACCACCCGGCGCCGGAGCGCGCGGGCAGCGUGGGCCUAGUGCGCUCGGCCCUGGCCUUCGAGCUCAGCGCCUGCUUCGAGUACGCGCCUGGCGCGCCCGCGCUGCCCUCGCAUGUGCGCUGGCAGGGCCGCCGCCUCGCCCUCACCAUGGACCUGGCCCCGCUGCUGCUCGCCGCCCCACCGCCCUGAGCGCCUCCCCU